AUGGGUGUUCGGGUCGGGGCCAGUCUCGGCACUGAGUGCAGCAGCUGCGGGAGUCUCCAGGUCGACGCCAGCAAGUUUCCUUCUGCACCAGCCCGACGCGCAGCACUUUUUAUUUCCGCAACCCGGGCAGCAGCAGCAGCAGCAGCAAAAGCAAGCUGCACAAAAGACCCGUCUUAUUGCAAACCCGACCAGAAUCCUGACUUGCCAUUCACUUCCUGCAUGGACUCAUUCAGCAUUACUGGGCCGACUGCUGCUGAUGGUCCCAAUAUUGGUCUGCUUUUCUUAUUGGGUGUCGCGGAAUGCGCAUCAACUGCUACAACGACGAAUGCGGAACCCAUCGAAAAUUCAACUGAUGGACCCACUGAAUCCACGGACAUCAUUUACGUUGAAGAACCCCGUUCGGAAACCCUGAUCGAGGUGGAAACAGUUCCUGACGGAUCAACCAAAGAAAACCCGACGCCGGAUUUAUUAUCUGACGCUGCCGAACCCUUGUCACUGAUAGGCGACAAUAACGAAGUUGCUGACCUGGAACCCAGUGAAUUCUUCCUGUUGCCAUUCUUCGGGAUCGGAAGGGGUUACGGAGGUUACGGGGGUUAUGGGCGUUACGGGAGGGGUUAUGGUUAUGGGGGUUACGGAAGAGGUUUCGGGUUUGGGAGAAGGAGAAGGUACAGACCAUUCGGUCCUUUCGGCGGUGCAGGAUUGGGACGAGGAUUUCGCGGAGGAUUCGGCAGAGGAUUUGGCAGAGGCGGCGGAUUUGGACUUUUCGGCUGACGGAAUGCUAUUUGAUUUAUAACGUGGCACUAAUAAAAUGCCUUGUGGCAUUGAUUACUACAAAUUUCAAACUCAA